GCACGGCCUAUAAAUCCCUUCCAUUCCACCCCCCAUAUUCCUUAAACCAAAAUGGCUAAUUUCCUUGAAGAAAUAGCUCUUGAAGAUCAACGGCUGGAGGGCCAUGGUGAGAAAAUUCGAGCAACAUCGGCAGAACCAUGCAACCAAUCCAACCGUUCUAACAGCAGCGAUGGCGACGCCGAUGAAGGAAAUAUAGGCAGCUUGCCUGAUUCUGUCGACCCGGCCGAAUUCUGGCAAUCCAGUUAUAAAAUUCUGAAGGAAAUCCUAGCCGAUAGUCGCCCGUCGGGAUCUAAACUACGGAAGGAAGUGGACCGAGCCGUGAUGAUGGCAAGAAAGACAGCGAUGUGCCACUGCCAGAAGGCGACGGGCAGUGGGUGCGCAAGUUGUCUGCGCCAGGUGGUCGUAGAUCACCUACACACCAUUGGUUACGAUGCUGCCACGUGUACGUCCAAAUGGAGGUCUACCAGAGAAAUACCUGGAGGAAAGCAUGAAUACAUCGACGUGAUCGUCCAGGCAACAGAUUGCAAUAAGCACGCCCGGUUUGUGAUCGAACUAGAAUUCCGAUCAGAGUUUGAAAUGGCAAAAGCAUGCGACGAGUACCGGAAUUUGAUAAACCAGCUGCCGGAAUCCUACGUCGGAAAACCCGAGUACCUGAAUGCUAUAUUAGGCAUUGUAUGUGAAGCAGGCAAGAAGUCGAUGAAGGAGAUGAAAAUCCACAUGGGCCCAUGGAGAAAAAGAAGAUUCAUGGAGAUGAAAUGGUCAGGUCCUCAUCGGAGAUGGUCGUUCGACCAAUCUCAUAUCGGACCGGUCAGAUCGAAGGAUGUAGGUGUGCCGGUUAUCGUUUUCGGUCCACGCUUUUUUGAGGCUCCGGCAAUGGAAGUCGCCUGAAUUCUCACUCGAGGUUGACACAUCCCAGCUUUAGAUCUUUGGGUCAUGCCAUCAUAUGACUGGUUUAUUCCAGGAGCUGACGUGGAUUUUCCGACAAGUUAGGAUGGUGAUUUUGAAGACUUGAGUACAUGAACAUGGAUGUAGCAUGUACAAACUUUUCUACAUCUUAGUUAUGAUGCAAUAUAAAAUGGCAGUAGCCUAUAACAGUUUUGCUCUUGUAAAAAGUCUUUGGAGAGUUGUGAAUUUUGGUUUUGACAAGACGUUGGAAGGGACUUUAGACAUUGAGAGAGGUAUUAAAGUAAUUUAGAUGUCUUUGUGUAUUUAAUAAUUAAUGGUUCAGAUGUUCUCUUUUGUGGCUUGAGUGGUGCAAUUUUUUAAAAAAAUCCAUUUUACAA